AUGGGUGAGAGGCCCACCGUUGCAGAGGGAACAACCGGCUGCAGCCAUGUGUCAGAGGGCAACCGUUCCAGAGCAACAAGUGGCAGCAGCCAUGGCUCAGAGGCCCACUGUUCCAGAGGCAACAAGCGACAGCAGCCAUGGGUGAGAGGCCCACCGUUCCAGAGGCAACAACUGGCAGCAGCCAUGGGUCAGAGGCCAACUGUUCCAGAGGCAACAAGUGUCAGCAGCCAUGCAGGCAACAAGCAGCAGCAGCCAUGGGUCAGAGGACAACCGUUCCAGAGGCAACAAGUGGCAAUAGCCAUGGGUCAGAGGCCCACCGUUCCAAAGGUAACUUGCGACAGCAGCCAUGGGUCAGAGGCCAAGCGUCCCAGAGGCAACAAGCGGCAGCAGCCAUGGGUAAGAGGCCAACAGUUCCAGAGGCAACAAGUGGCAGCAGCAAUGGCUCAGAGUCCCACCGUUCCAGAGGCAACAAGUGGCAAUAGCCAUGGGUCAGAGGCCCACCGUUCCAAAGGUAACAAGCGACAGCAGCCAUGGGUCAGAGGCCAAGCGUUCCAGAGGCAACAAGUGGCAAUAGCCAUGGGUCAGAGGCCCACCGUUCCAAAGGUAACAAGCGACAGCAGCCAUGGGUCAGAGGCCAAGCGUUCCAGAGGCAACAAGCGGCAGCAGCCAUGGGUCAGAGGCCAACCGUUCCAGAGAGGCAACAAGCGACAGCAGCCAUGGGUGAGGGCCCCACCGUUCCAGAGGCAACAAGCGGCAGCAGCCAUGGGUGAGAGGCCCACCGUUUCUGAGGCAAGCAGCGGCAGCAGCCAUGGGUAUGAGUCCAACUGUUACAGAGGCAAAAAGAGGCAGCAGCCAUGGGUCAGCGGCCCACCGUUCCAGAGGCAACAAGCGACAGCAGCCAUGGGUGAGAGGCCCACCGUUCCAGAGGCAACAAGCGACAGCAGCCAUGGGUCAGAGGCCCAACGUUCCAGAGGUAACAAGUGGCAGCAGCCAUGGGUCAGAGUCCCACCGGUCCAGAGAGGCAACAAGCAGCAGCAGCCAUGGGUCAGAGGCCAACCGUUCCAGAGGCAACAAGUGGCAAUAGCCAUGGGUCAGAGGCCCACCGUUCCAAAGGUAACAAGCGACAGCAGCCAUGGGUCAGAGGCCAAGCGUCCCAGAGGCAACAAGCGGCAGCAGCCAUGGGUAAGAGGCCAACAGUUCCAGAGGCAACAAGUGGCAGCAGCCAUGGGUGAGGGCCCCACCGUUCCAGAGGCAACAAGCGGCAACAAGUGGCAGCAGCCAUGGGUCUGCGACCCACCGUUCCAGAGGCAACAAGCGACAGCAGCCAUGGGUCAGAGGCCCACCGUUCCAGAGACAACAACCGGCAGCAGCCAUGGAGGCAACAAGUGGCAUCAGCCAUGGGUCAGAGGCCCACGGUUCCAGAGGCAACAAGGGAAAGCAGCCAUGGGUGAGAGGCCCACCGUUCCAGAGUUAACAAGCGGAAGCAGCCAUGGCUCAGAGUCCCACCGCUCCAGAGGCAACAAGCGACAGCAGCCAUGGGUGAGAGGCCCACCGUUCCAGAGGCAACAAGUGGCUGCAGCCAUGUGUCAUAGGCCCACCGUUGUAACAAACGACAGCAGCCAUGGGUCAGAGGCCCACCGUUCCAGAGUCUACAAGCGGCAGCAGCCAUGGGUAAGAGGCCAACCAUUCCAGAGGCAACAAGCGGCAGCAGCCAUCGGUAAGAGGCCAACCGUUCCAGAAGCAACAAGUUGCAGCAGAGAUAGGUCAGAGGCCCACCGUUCCAGAGGUAACAAGCGACACCAGCAAUGGGUCAAAGGCCCACCGUUGCAGAGGCAACAAGUGGCAGCAGCCAUGGGUGAGAGGCCAACCGUUCCAGAGGCAACAAGUGUCAGCAGCCAUGGGUUAGAGGCCCACCAUUCCAUAGGUAACAAGCGACAGCAGACAUGGCUCAGAGGCCCAGCGUUCCAGAGGCAACAAGCGGCUGCAGCCAUGGGUGAGAGGCCAACCGUUCCAGAGGCAACAAGCGGCAGCAGCCAUGGAUCAGAGGCCAGCUGUUCCAGAGGCAACCAGUGGCAGCAGCCAUGGGUCAGAGGCCCACCGUUCCAGAUUCAACAAGCGACAGCAGCCAUGGGUGAGAGGCCCACCGUUCCAGAGGUAACAAGUGGCAGCAGCCAUGGCUCAGAGGCACACCGUUCCAGAGGCAACAAACGACAGCAGCCGGGGGUGAGAGGCCCACCAUUCCAUAGGCAACAAGCAGCAGCAGCCAUGGGUCAGAGUCCCACCGUUCCAGAGGCAACAAGUGGCAGCAGCCAUGGCUCAGAGGCCCACUGUUCCAGAGGCAACAAGCGACAGCAGCCAUGGGUGAGAGGCCCACCGUUCCAGAGGCACAAGCGGCAGCAGCCAUUGAGGCAACAGGGGCAGCAGCCAUGGGACAGCGUCCCACCGUUCCAGUGGCCACAAGUGGCAGCAGCCAUGGGUCAUAGGCCCACCGUUGUAACAAACGACAGCAGCCAUGGGUCAGAGGCCAACCGUUCCAGAGGCAACAAGUUGCAGCAGCCAUGGGUCAGAAGCCCACCGUUCCAGAGGCAACAAGCGGCAGCAGCCAUGGGUAAGAGUCCAAUCGUUCCAGAGGCAACAAGUGGUAGCAGCCAUGGCUCAGAGGCCCAACGUUCCAGAGGCAACAUGCGACAGCAGCCAUGGGUCAGAGGCCCACCAUUCCAGACGCAACAAGUGGCAGCAGCCAUGGGUCAGAAGCCCACUGUUCCAGAAGCAACAAGCGGCAGCAGCCAUGGCUCAGAGUCCCACUGUUCCAGAGGCUACAAGCGACAGCAGCAAUGGGUGAGAGGCCCACCGUUCCAGAGGCAACAAGCGGUAUCAGCCAUGGGUGAGAGGCCCACCAUGCCAGAGGCAACAAGCGGCAGCAGCCAUGGGUAA